AGCUAGGUGAUGGUGUCCGUGGGAACCCCGCAUCGCGUACAAGAAUAAUUCGUGGCAACAUACAGCUCCGAUCAUUCACAUCCAUAGCCUCAUAGAUCUAAUGCAAUUGGCAAUUGAAGAUUUAGAGCUUAUCAACAUAAGGAAGUCUAGUAUAAUACCAUUAAUAAGUCUAUAUUUCUCUCAUGGCUCUAGAGCAAGGUACAAUUCCCAUGGUAGACUUUGGUGCAUGGUCGAAGGGCUCGACGGAAGACAAGAAACGCAUUGGCCGGGAGCUAACUGACGCAUGCCGUCAGGUUGGCUUCGUAUACAUCGUCAACCAUGGUGUGCCGAGUGAUAUACUCGAGGAAGCGUUUUGUUGGUCGAAGAAACUCUUCGAUCUUCCUCAAGAAAAAAAGAUGAUGGCUCCUCACCCACCAGGCCCUACUGUCCACCGAGGAUAUUCGUGGCCAGGUCUAGAGAAAGUGUCGCAGGAUAUCAUCAAGGAUGGCGACGAAACAAAAGAGGCUGAGAACCGAAAAGUCUCGGAUUUUAAGGAGAGCUAUGAAAUUGGUAGCGAGGAGUCUAAGACACAGCCGAAUGUCUGGCUACCCGGAGACGUCCUCCCUGGUUUCCGCGAAUUCACGACGCAAUUCUACUGGAAAUGUUUCGGGGUGGCGAACGAUUUGUUGCGCGCUUUGGCAAUCGGCGUCGGCCUAGAAGAUGAAGACUUCUUUCUGCGCUUCCAUAGCGGAAUUAACAACCAGCUACGACUACUUCAUUAUCCAUCAAUUGAAGCAGAGAAGCUUUCUAACAAUGUCGUGGCACGAAUGCCGGCCCAUUCGGACUGGGGGACGAUCACGAUGCUUUUUCAGGACGACUGUGGGGGGUUACAAGUCGAGCAUCCUGGUGCGUCUGGUCAUUUUUUUGACGCGACGCCGAUGAAGAAUGUAAUGACUUCUUAAAGUCGACUCUUCACCGCGUCACCCUUCCACCAGUCCAGGAUAAUAUACAGAUCAACGGAAAACUCAUAACUAAGUCGAGAUAUUCGAUUCCUUACUUCGUCUCACCAGAUGAGAAAUCUGUUAUCGAAUGCUUAUCCGUCUGUACAGAUGAGGAACACCCCAUCAAGUAUGAGCCGGUCGUGCAGGAAGAUUACCGACGAAUGAGGGCUAGAGGACAGUAUGUGGAAGCAGCUGGCACUUCGGUACCAGUUUCGUAAUACCGAAAUUACGAUGUUGAGUUGAUGAGCGUCGAGCAGUACUUAACGAGAAACCUCCUAGGAAAUUGUAACGGGAGGGUAUUACAUUGAUAAAAGGCCAAACCAACUCGGCAGGAUUGCCAUUAGAACACAGAGUUGAAAGAGCUAUCCGAAAUUUCGAGAAUGAAUAUAAACAAUGUUAGAUGCACAUAAUGUACCUAGUCAAUAUUGAGUACAGG